AUGGAAGGAAGUUUUGAAGUCAAAGAAUCACUUCGAAAUACCGCCGCCAAAGAAGUGGCGCCUUCCGCAUCGAGAGAGGUCAGAAUUAGCGUGGAGACCCCACAAGAAAGGCACAGUGCAACGAAGAUCGUCAACCGAAAGGCCUUCCAGGCAUGUCGUAAAGACGUAGACAUCAGCAGUGUCUACAACUGGGAGCAUCGCAAAGAAUUGGGCAGUGGCUCCUUCGGACAGGUCUAUGCUGUGAAGCACCGUUUCCACAGCAAGAAACUGGUUGCAAUCAAGCAAGUGUCAAAGGACAGCUGUGAAGAUCUGGGCCAAUUACGCAUGGAGAUCACCGUUCUCAGCACUUUAGACCACCCACGGGUGCUGCACUUUUUCGAAGCUUAUGAGGAUUUCAAGGACAUCUACAUUGUCACGGAGUUGUGUACUGGCGGAGAUUUGCAGCAGUGCAUGACCAAGAUGCAAGGCAACGUGACCUUUGCGCGGCACACGGCGGACCAAAUCCUUCGAGCGUUGGUCUACUGCCAUUCGCGUGGAGUGUGCCAUCGGGACCUGAAACCCGAGAACGUGCUUUUAGUUCGGAAGCUGCAUACUGCCAAUGACACACCCAUGCGCCUGGCUGAUUUUGGUGUCUCUCACAAGACGAAGGCUUUUCAAGGCAUCUGCCACCAGAUCAGCCACAUCAAGUCCCGCUUCUCAGAUGGUUCAAUGAAUGAGAUCCCUCCGAUGGAUUCCUUUGUCGGCACUGCCGAAUACAUGGCUCCAGAAGUCAUGGCCGUUCUGAACGCCGAGAUGCUCCGCAGUCGGCGAAAGUUCUACGACUUUCGUUGCGAUAUCUGGUCUUUGGGUGUGAUCAUCUAUUGCCUGCUGAAGGGUGGUCUACCCUAUUCCCUGGAAGAGCUGGUGGCAUAUGUGGAAGACCAGGCGGAACUGCCAGGCUGGACAGGAGAUCGCGUCAAAGGGCUGAAUCGAAGUGCUUUGGACUUCCUUCAGAGAUGCCUUGCAGUGCCGUACAAAACCAGGCCGAGUGCAAAGCAGUUGGCUGCGGAUCCGUUCCUCAAGACCCAGGAACCUCGCAGUGCCUUCACUCAUGUUGACAAAGAUGGUUCUGGAACGGUUGAUAUGCAGGAACUUCGGGACUAUUUGCUGAGCCAUGGGACCAACCAGAAAGAAGAGCAGGUUGAGGAGUUGUUCGCCCGCUUAGACCUAGACGAGGAUGGGAUCAUCAGCAAGUCCGAGUUUCAGGAGGGCUUCAAUGCCUUCAUUACCGCUCAGACCAUCUCCAGCCAGGUGAUCUCCGAAAUCGUGCAAAAUGUGGAGAAGUUUACCCAGUCCUCUCAGCUCAAGAAGGCGGUGUUGACAUCGGCAGCACGGCAUUUGGGCGGUUAUGAACUGCAAAAAUUGCGAGAGAUCUUUGAGUCAGUCGAUGCCAAUGGUGAUGGUGCCAUCUCCAAAAAGGAGUUCAGACUGAGCUUCUCCUUGGUGGGCGAGCGUUCCUCCGAAUGGUUGGACGAGGCCUUUGUAGCGCUUGACACCGAUGCUUCUGGGGAGAUCGACUACAGCGAGUUUUUGGCUGCCAUCAUGGAUUCACAGCUCAUGGAGCGGCGCGACAUCCUUUGGGCAGCCUUCCAGGAUUUCGAUCAGAACAAUGUGGGCUCUAUCUCGAAGGAGAAUCUAUUGCAAGUGCUCCAAGGAGAUGCAGUACAGGGUGUUUUAGACUGCAUGGACCAGGACAAGGCAAGCUUCAUGGAUGAUAUUCUGGCCAAAGUCGGCGAAGAUGGAGAGCUGUCCUUCGAUGCCUUCAUUGAACUCUUGCAGCAGUCCUGA